AUGGCUGCAGACGUGAAGAAAGACAAUAUCCUUUUCCAUGAACAGUCCAAGCUGGCGACUGAACGGGAGCACUCGAUGGGCACGAUCGAGGCGAUCAAGCUCUACCCCAAGGCCAUCUUCUGGGCGUCCAUCUUCUGCUGGGCGCUCGUCAUGGUAGGCUACGAUUCAGGAAUUAUCUUCUCCUUGUACGCGCUGCCUGCCUUCACGCAGAAAUACGGCCAGUACUACGGCCCUGAAAUUGGCUAUGAGAUCUCCGCCAAAUGGCAGAACGUGCUCGGCAUGGGCACGCCCGUCGGCCAGUGUCUCGGGGCGCUGUUUGCCUCCCAUCUCAUGGAGCGAUGGGGACGGAGAAAGGUCUUUGCCGUGUCACUAUUCUGCACAACAUCCUUCAUUUUUCUGCAGAUGUUCGCGCCCAACAUCCAUGUCCUUGCGGCGGGAGAAUUCCUGGCGGGUCUGCUGUACGGCACCUACGUCGUGCUGGCCCCGACAUACGCGUCGGAGGUGUGUCCAGUUUGUCUUCGCGGUAUCCUCAAUGCUUCCAUCAACCUGGCCUAUGUCAUCGGCCAAUUCAUCGCGGCCGGCGUUGGGCAGGGCGUGUCGACCCGGACAGACCAGUGGGCAUACCGCAUCCCCUUUGCGGUCCAGUGGACGUGGAUUCCCUUCCUUGCCCUGGCCAUCGCCUUCGCGCCUGAAUCGCCCUGGUGGCUCGCCAAGCAGGGUCGGAUAAAAGAGGCCGAAGCGUCUCUCCGCCGGUUGGCCGUUGAUUCUCCGAAGGCUGACAUCCAGGCAACGCUGGCGAUGAUCCAGUCAACGCUCCUGCAUGAGAUGGAAGUCCAGAAGGGCGUCACUUUCGUCGAGUGCUUCCGCGGCAGCAAUCGCAUUCGCACUGAGGUUGCCGUCAUGGUCCAGGUCUGGCAGGUUGUGACGGGCAUCUCUCUCAUCGGCUAUGCGACAUACUUCUUCGAACUGGCCGGCAUGCCAGUCGCGGCCUCGUUCGACAUGGGACUGGGAAACACGGCGAUUGGUUUUGUUGCCACCUGCGGUUCGUGGUUUCUCAUGUCGCUGACCGGCCGACGGAGGAUCUACAUGGGCGGCGUGGGCAUCAUGGCUCUCUGUCUCUUGCUUAUCGGCAUCUUGGACUGUCUUCCAAACUAUACCUCCCACCCCGCCUACACCUGGACCCAAGCGGUGUUCUUGGAUCUGCUGACGCUGGUCUACCAAGGCACGAUUGGCCCUGUCGCCUUUGCCAUCCUUGCAGAAGUCGGAGCUGCCCGUCUGCGAUCGCACACGGUGGCUCUGGCGGAGGGGAUCGGAUCCGUCUUUCAGAUUAUCACCACGAUCAUUUUCCCCUACAUGAUCAAUGCGUCCUCGGGCAACUGGAGAGGCAAGACAGGAUUCUUCUUUGGCGGGCUGAGCAUCCUCGCUACGAUCUGGUGCUUCUUUCGGCUGCCGGAGACCAAAAACCGGACGUUUGAGGAAUUGGACCACAUGUUCGAGGAGGGUGUUCCUCCGCGGAAGUUCAAAGGCUAUACAUUCGAAACACUGCAAGGCGAGUGA